ACCGUCUCCUUAUCAAGGGAGGCAGAAUCGUCAACGAUGAUCAAUCUUUUUAUGCUGAUAUUUACAUGGAAGAUGGCUUAAUAAAGCAAAUUGGAGACAAUCUGAUUGUCCCUGGGGGAGUGAAGACCAUCGAAGCCAAUGGGAAGAUGGUGAUCCCUGGAGGCAUCGACGUCCACACUCACUUCCAGAUGCCAUACAAGGGAAUGACCACAGUGGAUGACUUCUUCCAAGGGACAAAGGCUGCCUUAGCGGGUGGCACCACCAUGAUUAUCGACCACGUGGUGCCUGAGCCCGAGUCCAGCCUGACUGAGGCCUAUGAGAAGUGGCGUGAGUGGGCUGAUGGGAAGAGCUGUUGUGACUAUGCCCUGCACGUGGACAUCACCCACUGGAAUGACAGCGUCAAGCAGGAGGUGCAGAGCCUCAUCAAGGACAAAGGGGUUAACUCCUUCAUGGUUUACAUGGCCUAUAAGGAUUUGUAUCAAGUGUCCAACACAGAGCUCUACGAGAUCUUCACCUGCCUGGGAGAGCUGGGGGCGAUCGCUCAAGUUCAUGCUGAGAAUGGGGAUAUCAUUGCCCAGGAGCAAACCAGGAUGUUGGAAAUGGGGAUAACUGGUCCAGAAGGCCACGUACUGAGCAGACCAGAGGAGCUGGAAGCUGAGGCUGUGUUCCGUGCCAUCACCAUUGCCAGCCAAACCAACUGCCCUCUCUACAUCACGAAGGUCAUGAGCAAGAGCGCAGCUGACCUCAUCUCACAAGCCAGGAAAAAAGGAAAUGUGGUCUUUGGUGAGCCCAUUACUGCCAGCCUCGGCAUAGAUGGAACCCAUUACUGGAGCAAGAACUGGGCCAAGGCAGCUGCAUUUGUGACAUCCCCACCUCUGAGCCCUGACCCGACCACUCCAGACUACAUCAACUCCUUGCUGGCCAGCGGGGAUCUGCAGCUCUCUGGAAGUGCCCACUGCACCUUCAGCACUGCCCAGAAAGCAAUUGGGAAGGACAACUUCACAGCCAUUCCCGAGGGCACCAAUGGAGUGGAGGAGCGGAUGUCUGUCAUCUGGGACAAGGCUGUGGCCACAGGGAAAAUGGACGAAAACCAGUUUGUGGCCGUGACAAGCACAAACGCUGCCAAGAUCUUCAACCUGUAUCCCCGCAAGGGAAGAAUAUCUGUGGGUUCCGACAGCGACCUGGUCAUCUGGGAUCCAGAUGCUGUGAAGAUCGUCUCUGCCAAGAACCACCAGUCUGCUGCAGAGUAUAACAUCUUUGAAGGGAUGGAGCUCCGUGGGGCUCCUCUGGUUGUCAUCUGCCAGGGCAAGAUCAUGCUGGAAGACGGCAACCUGCAUGUGACCCAGGGGGCCGGCCGUUUCAUCCCCUGCAGCCCGUUCUCCGACUAUGUCUACAAGCGCAUUAAAGCCAGGAGGAAGAUGGCAGACCUGCAUGCCGUCCCGAGGGGCAUGUAUGAUGGGCCUGUGUUCGACCUGACCACCACCCCCAAAGGGGGCACCCCCGCAGGCUCCGCCCGGGGCUCUCCCACUCGGCCAAACCCACCUGUGAGGAAUCUCCAUCAGUCUGGAUUUAGCCUGUCCGGCACCCAAGUAGACGAGGGGGUCCGCUCAGCCAGCAAGCGCAUCGUGGCGCCCCCUGGAGGCCGUUCUAACAUCACAUCCCUGAGUUAAGCAACCCCUCCCCAAAGAGAGGGGCAGAAGCAACAAGUGAUUUUUUUUGGAGCCAAAAUGGUCCACCGAUAUUUAAGAAGGAAAGUGAAUCCAAACAUUUGCGAUCUAAAGAAUCAAUAAGCCUCAAGCCUUAUGUUUCUCUGAUGUUACGCUCGCUUGCCUAGCUUUACGAAUAUUGCUUUGUUUCUGUUUAUGCAUAGCCUUGAAUUGUUUGACCUCUUCCCCCAUUUACAUGCAUGCGAUCAGACAGGCCACUAAGGUAAAGGAGUCUGCUAUAUUAUAGUGUUGAGAGCGUGUGUAGUGCUGCAUCUUGCGACAAGGGGACCGACAAAGCUGGUAUGUCAGGGAAAUGAACAAAAGGGACACAAGUUAUUUGGGGUGAGUGGGUGGUGGGAGCCCAGAGAAAGGUAAGGGUGCAGAGGGGCUGGUGUAGGGCGUGCAGGAGGGAGGUGGGGGGGCCGGGUGAGCAGAAGAGGUGUUGUGUAUUGUGUUGACGACAUAUGUCUAUUUCCACGGAAGAUGGCCACGUGUGGCAGCUGCCACUUCAUCACGGUCUCCUGGGGUCUGGAGAAGGCAGGCAGUCUUUGGAUUCUGGACUUUGUCAUGUCCCCUCUUGGUAGAUGUUGUUUCUUUGAACAUUUUAUUAAAAUGCCAAAACCCAACCAUUUCUUCCACGCUUGAUUGUGCCAGUGUUUGCUCGGGCCUCUUUCUCAGUGUUGCUUUCACAUCCUCCUCUUCCCUGGGAUGGGAAGGACAGGGUGGACCAGAUGACACCUCUCUUCCUCUUGCCCUCCCUGUCUCUUUGGUGCUCUUACAAGGCAACAGCUGAGGGCACAGCACAGGCCCUUUGGUGAGAGUGGCCAUGGCUUACAUAUGCCUCCCCCUAAACACGGGAGGUCACUGCUCACCCUCCUGUCUUUGCAAACCAAGAAGAGUAGCAUGAUUCUGGCAUCCCGAGUUAGGAUUUUGGCUCAGAUGGGGCAGAAUGAAGGGCCUUUCUUGCCACUAUUUGAUUCUCUCGAUUUCCUGAGAUCCAGGCACAUUCAUGAUGGAAUGGGAUCUUUUUUUGGAAAGUUGAUUUUAUUAGGUUUUCCCUAACUUUUACAACUAAUAGGUAAUCUCAGCUUAUACAGGAGUCAAGCAGAGACUUGGGAAAGCCAACCUUGAGCAGAGGGAGCAUAUUUUAUGUCCCUGGUUCCAUUUUCAAUUCUAAACCAUCCAUUUCCUCUCCCAUUAGCAGAUCCUUUGGGGGAACUUUUUGUUCAGGUACUAACCUCUCCCAAGGUGAGUAGAGAUGAGAUGGUGCCACCUUCCCGAUGGGGCACAGAGAAGAAAUUAGCAGAAGUGUGUGCAUCUACGUUCUCUGUCAGAGUUGAAUAUCAAUUUCCCUAUCAUAACACUUCCGAAAAUUCAGUUUUGGAGAAAGUUCUGUGAGCAAGACGAGGAUCUGUAGAACCAAGACACUCACACAGGAAAAAUAUACUUGACCUGGGAUCAGACUUCUGUGCUCUGGGGGACCCAUCUGGUAGAACCCAUAGCCUGGUGCUAAGUACUUUGAAGAGAAGAGCAGGCCUCAGACACCUUUUAAGUGCUUAGAAAAACCAUUAUCUCUCUGACUGGAGGUUUUAAUAAGGUGAAGACCAGAGAAAAGUGAUCAUAGGCUAACAAAGGAAUUUGGAAAUAGUCAAGUGAGAGGAUUUCCCCUAGCAAAGCUACUUUCUGUUCUAAUCAUGAAAAAGACUAGUUCCCCUCCUAAUAGGGAAUCUUGCUAUUUUAAGGCUCUCCUAGUGCUUUUCUUUUAUGGGAAACUUAAGUAAAAGGGAAACUGUAACUCUUAAUUUGCAAUUCAAAGAUUUGGGAGCCUAUCAUACAACUCAGAAGGACAGUUUUAUGUGUAGAGGGAGUUUUCCCGAUCUUUAGCAUAUACCUCAUUGGCAGGCUGCACUUCAGGAUAGGUUGCAGUCCCAGCCAAAACCACCAGAUGGAGGAAAAGACACGUAAAUAAAGUCUAGUCUGAGCAUCCACUUUGCACCAUCUGCCCUGAGUCCAGCUCAUUUCUCCAUGCCAUGAAAAUAAAUCUUCCAGGGCCACAUUGGUGGUGUGCACUGCACUUGGGAUUUCUGAAGUUAAGCAUUCAACCAUAACUACAUUCUACAUAAGCUUCCCAGGCUGUAGGAACAACCCUUGAAGCCCUCAGGAUGGGCAACAUUAUCUAAGGAAGCCUCCCUUCCUUAAACUUACCAUUGGUACCUUUCAAAGCGUAGAAAUUCCUGAGAAUUCCUAGAAAACUCCCACUAUGUUCCUUAUGUGGGUACUGAAUCACAUGUGACUUAAAACUUAUAUUCAAAUUUGUUCCAUUCCAUAAGAAACAUCAAACAGCCCUAUGCAAAGGAUUUAGGAGAAGAAAAUGACAGUGAGUUAUGGCUCUCUCUGAAUUCACUGGCAUCUCGCCCAAGUGCAGGAAGGCACACUGGCUCUGUCUCGCUCCCAAGCUUUCUUUUGUCUUUACAGCUCUUGGCUUGGCCCUCUGAGGAUGCUCUGCCAUUCCCCCAACCUCUCCCAUUGUUUCUAAACCAGGUGGCAGUCAGCUGGAGUUCUCUCUGAGAGGGCCACAGGCUUGGGUAGCUGAGAAGGUAUUUGUGGAACUGUUAGAACAGCUACUGCAGCAGAGAUGUUUCUUUUGCUUCUAAAUUUUCUGAAACUAGUAGGAUUAUAGUCAUCCUGAAAAUUGAUUUUCUUCAAAGUUCAGUCAUAUAGCCUUUAUAUGAUUUUCUUCAAAGUUCAGUCAUAUAGCCUUUACCUUAAUAUGACUAUACCCAGAGAAUCAUUAUCUUCUCCAAAAGCCUGAAUCCUAAGCCUAGACUUUUGCUCACUCUGAGAAGCCCUUUCCAACAGGGUGGAUGAGUCCCAACUUUGGAUCUUGCCACAAGCUCCCCAGGCCCUCCCUCCUGGAAAGCUCCAGCUCGAGUCCCAGAUACACACACAGGCUGUCCUGGGCAGCCAGCAUUCACUGUAAGUUCCCUCUUUGAAAACCGGUGUGUGGAUGUUCAGUUCCAUGUCUGGUAAAUAUGGACAGACAGUAAAUCUCCCUGUGAUCUGUGCUAGCUGUGAGGCAGCUCUGGAACAUGAAGAGCUGUUUGGUUUGAACCGUGAAGAAAACUGUGUUUUGAGUUUAGCUGAGGUUAAAGGAAAAAAAAAAAAAGUUCAUCAAGUGACUGUUAAUGUAAACCUGAUUAUUAAAAUAACUGUAAAAUUA